GUCAUUUUCCUAAUAACGUUUGCCUACACGUGCUUAUCUUCUUGCAAGCGGGUCUAUAACUUCGAUUCCUUUUCAUUCAAUAUCUGCGAAAAUCACAUUGGAACUUACAGCAUCGAAAAAUGGCAGGAUUAUUCGACAAGCAAGCAGAUGCAUAUUUGGAUGCACGCCCAACUUAUCCCGCCGACUGGUACACCAUGUUAGCUGAUCGGACUUCCUCUCAUUCUCUUGCCUGGGAUAUCGGAACCGGCAACGGUCAGGCGGCGAUCGGUGUAGCAGAGCAUUACGAUCAAGUGAUUGGUACCGAUGUGAGCGAAGCUCAAUUGAAACUCGCCAAGCCCCAUCCUCGAGUCCGAUACCUUCACACUCCGCUGACUUUGUCCGACGAUGAGCUAAUUAACUUAAUCGGCGGUGAAAACUCUGUAGAUCUGGUAACCAUAGCUCAAGCCGUACACUGGUUCGACCUCCCGAGACUCUACUCCAUAAUCAAUCGUGUUCUACGAAAACCAAACGGUGUAUUUGCUGUUUGGGGGUACAACGACUUUGCCAUAACCCCUGAAAUUGAUGCAGCACUUAAGCGCUUCCAUGAAACUACGAUUCCUUAUUGGAAUGACAAGAUCAGUUAUGUAUUUGAUGGGUAUCAGUCGUUGCCUUUCCCCUUUGAGAGCGUCGGAUUAGGGUCUGAAGGGAGCCCAUUGAAACUUGAUAUACCAAAAGAGUUAGCGUUUGAGGGCGUUUUGGGGAUGUUAAAGUCUUGGUCGGCGGUGGUGACUGCUAAAGAGAGAGGAGUUGAUUUGUUGUCGGAAAGUGUGGUUAAAGAACUUGAGAAUGUGUGGGGUGGAUCGAAGGUGGUGAGGCAUGUUGUUUACAAGGGUUUCAUGAUUGCAGGAAGACUCCGUCGCUUGAAAGCUUGAUGUGAUCCCACCAAAUGGUGUGUGGGUCUUUUCGUUUGCAUGUGACGUGGAAUAACAUUUAAUAGUGGAAACUAUUUUGUUUUAACCAAAACUUAUUGGUCGAAUGAAAAUUCGUGUUUGCUUAAUUUGUAUUUUGACAGUGAUUUUAUAUUUUUAUUUGAUGUUUUGGACAUUUUGGGAUUUUGGAAUAGGAUUUUUGUGAUAAAAAGGUAACCAAUUUUUAAAAGUGUUUAAAAAUACAUCCAACUAUAAAAAGCUUUUUGUAAUGAAUAAUUAUUUAGUUUUUUAAAAUACCAUGUAAACCUGAUUCAUUUCUUCUUUAUACAAGACACAUUAGAUGGCUGAUGUGGCUAAAUAAGUUGGCAUAGGAUGUUGAGUAG